AUGUACCUUCGAUCAACAUUAUUCGGUAGUGCGCUGCUGUCAACAGCCUGCGCGCACGAGGUUCUUUUUGGUCGCGAUCUUCCAUUACCAGUGGCAGCCAAUGCAGAGUCAUACACCGACUGUGCUAACGCCGCAUGGCCUCCAUCAAAUGUCGGCGUGGAGCUAAUUCCGCAAGCGCCAGACGAUGAGAUGCGAGCCAUUGUCAGCGAGAUCAGCGCAGCAAAUAUCGAAGCCACGAUCACCAAAUUAGUCUCGUUUGGAACCCGCCACACACUCGCUACAUUCAACAGCUCGACGCGCGGGAUAGAUGCAGCAAGAGACUGGAUAGCCUCUGAGAUGCGAAAAUACGCCGCAGAGAGCAACGGUACAAUGACGGUCGAGGUGCAAAGCUAUCUGCAGGGAAUAGCUAGCAGAAUCCCUUUCCCGGUCUACAUCUCCAAUGUACUAGCAACUGCCAAGGGGAGCGAGGAUCCAGAAAGAGUAUAUGUCAUGACCGGGCACAUGGACAGCCGCGUUACGGACGUCCUCAAUUACGAAGCUGAUUCUCCUGGAGCCAACGAUGACGCUAGUGGAGUUGCCAUUGCGAUGGAGAUUGCACGUGUUCUUGCUAAGCACCAGCCGAAAUCAACAAUCAUUCUCGGUGCUGUGUCCGGCGAAGAACAGGGCUUAUAUGGCUCAACCUAUCUCGCUCAAACCCUCAAGAACUCCAGCACGAAUGUCGAAGGUAUGCUAAACUGUGAUAUCGUUGGUUCUUCAACCGGUGAUCGUGGUCAGAAGGACCCAUAUACUAUUCGUGCUUUCGCUCAGGGCGUUCCUCCUCUUUCUGCCGAGAACAAUGUCACUGCAGCACGACGCCUCCAAAUUGGGGGUGAGAACGACAGCCCGGCACGAGAGCUCGCACGCUUUUCCGCCGAAGUUGCUGCCAAUAACGCCACCGGCAUGAACGUAGCCGUCAUCUACCGUUUAGAUCGCUUCCUGCGCGGAGGUGACCACACUGGAUUUCUCCAGGCGGGUUACCCAGCGAUCCGGUACACAGAACCUAACGAGAACUUCGCUCAUCAGCAUCAAGACUUGCGUACCGAGAACGGCACCGUAUAUGGCGACUUGAUCGAAUUUGUCGACUUUGAUUUCACAGCACGUGUCGGCAAAGUCAAUCUCGCGACCCUCUGGUCCCUCUCUCAAGCUCCUGCUAUGCCACGCAACGUUACCAUCGAUGCAACAAUUUUGGAUAACGACUCGCGUAUCAAGUGGAUUGUUUCCAACAGCACAGACGUCGCAGGCUACGAAGUAGUAUGGCGGUCCACUACAGCGAGUUUGUGGACUCGUAUGCUCGAUGUUGGCAAGGUCGGGUCAGUCGUUCUUCCACUUAGCAAGGACAACGUUAUCUUCGGCAUAAGGGCCGUCGGAACGAACGGGUAUAAGAGCCCUGCUGUCUAUCCUUUCCCAGGGUAA